AAAAUCACCACCAAACUAGUCUUGUAGCCAGUCCAUUGCUCGUUCUCAUCCCUUCCCUUGUUGCUCUUUCCCCUCUCUUCUUCCAGCUGCUAGCUGCCUGCUCUCUCUAUCCAUUAGCCAGCAGAGAUCUCAUCAGCUUGCUUGGCACUUGUGAUCGGUCCUCUUCUUUCUCUUGAUUAUGUUCUUGCCAGCGAUUACUACCAUCUUUAUAUAUACAGCUAGCUGAUUGAUUGUUGGAUAGAUCUGUACUCGCUCGCUCGCUCGCUCGCUCGCUGGAGGCCGGGCCUCUAAAUUAAAGCAGCUGUUAUUACUAGCUAGCUAGAUCGACUAGCUAGCUAUCUAUCUAUCUAGGCAGCAGCUGCCUGCAGCAGGUGGAUCAUCUAUAUAUCGAUGCUUGAGGUGUCGAGCCUGCGGAGCCCUAGCAAGGCGGAUCAUCAUCAGCGCGGGUUCGUCGGCGACCAUGUCGUGUUCCCGACGUCCGGCGGCGACUGCGACGACUUCAUGGUCGACGAGAACCUGCUGGACUACAUCGACUUCAGCUGCUGCGACGUGCCCUUCUUCGACGCCGACGGGGACAUCCUCCCCGACCUCGAGGUGGACCCGACGGAGGAGCUCCUCGCCGAGUUCUCCUCCCCGGAGACGAGCCCGACGGCGGCAGACGGCUGUCGCGCGGAGGCCAAGCCGCCGGACGACCUGAUGAAGCAAGGACGACAAGCAGAAGAAGCAGUACUACUGAAGACGACGACGACGACAGUAGAAGAAGAGAAGAAAUUAUUAGCAGACGAGAACAAGCGGGUGUUGUUGGAGAAAGACGAGAAAUUAGCCGCAUCAGGUGUGACGACGACGAUGAGGAAGAACGUGGUGGGUGCUGAGGGCUCGAGCGCGGUGGCGACGGAGGAGGAUUCUGCCGGCGCCGGGUCGGAUACCAAGUCGUCGGCGUCGGCGGGGGGCCACGGCAAGAAGAAGGCGGCGGCGGACAAGAACUCUUCCAACGGCAAGCGGAAGGUGAAGGUGGACUGGACGCCGGAGUUGCACCGGCGGUUCGUGCAGGCGGUGGAGCAGCUUGGCAUCGACAAGGCCGUGCCGUCCCGGAUCCUGGAGAUCAUGGGGAUCGAGUGCCUCACACGACACAACAUUGCCAGCCACCUCCAGAAGUACCGGUCGCACAGGAAGCACCUGAUGGCGCGGGAGGCGGAGGCCGCGACCUGGGCGCAGAAGCGCCACCACAUGUACGCGCCAGCUCCGGCGAGGAAGCUGGACGCAGCGGCGGCAGGAGGCCCGUGGGUGGUGCCGACCAUCGGGUUCCCGCCGCCCUCGAUGGCGCAGCCGCCUCCGCCCUUCUGCCGGCCGCUGCACGUGUGGGGCCACCCGCCCACCGCCGGCGUUGAGGCAGCGGCCGCGCCUCCGACGAUGCUGCCCGUGUGGCCGCGGCACCUUGCGCCGCCCCGGCCGUGGGCGCCGGUGGACCCGGCGUGCUGGCACCAGCAUCAGUACAAUGCGGCCAGGAAGUGGGCCCCACGUCACGCAGCAGCAGCGGUGACGACGCCUGCCAUGGUGCAGCAGCUGCCGAGGUUCCCGGUGCCGCACCCGGCCACCAUGUACAGACCCACCUGCAUGGUCCCUCCGCCGCCGCCGCCGACGACGAGCACCAAGCUCGCCGACUUGCAGCUUCAGCUCGACGCGCACCCGGUAUUCGAAGGAGAGCAUCGACGCAGCCAUUGGAGAUGUUUUAGUGAAGCCAUGGCUGCCGCUGCCGCUGGGGCUGAAGCCGCCCUCCAUGGACAGCGUCAUGUCGGAGCUGCACAAGCAAGGCAUACCAAAGGUCCCACCAUCCAGCGGCUGAUCGAUCGGACCCAUCUCAUGCAACUAAGAGCUUAUUAAGAGUAUGUAGCUAGCUAGGCAGAACCAAGGUUUCUUGCGUUGCGUGUGUUGUGUGCGUAAUAAAUAAUAAUGCAGGGUGUGCAAGUACAAGAGACGGGACCCAAUGCAACUUACUACGCAGAUGUGCGCAUGUACGUACACGGAUCAUUUGAUGAUGUGAAUAACCGUACCGUCGGAAUGGAUUGUGCUCAUGACAUGGAAUAA